CUCGCUUACAGAAUCAUGGCAGCCACAGAUUUGCGUUUCAAUCGAGUUUAGAGCCUGCUUGGAGAUUAAUUGUCAGGGCCCCACAAGGAUUGAUGGCCUCGCACGGACAUCUGCGUUCUCUGAAUAUGCCUGAAUUGUCUGAGUUGCACAUGAUUUGAGAAUUCAAUACCACCGCAGGGACAUGAUCACCAACUUCAUGACCAAAUCCUCACUUUCGCCAACUCACUGAGAGGCUCAUCAAAUCUCUGCUCCUUGGCUGAUCUAGGCCGAAUUUCGCGGCGUCCUAGCUUUUAAGCUUUUAACGAGGGUCUAGUGGUUUCCGAAAUAGCAAGCUCUGCAAGUUCUUUGAGAGUUGUCACGUUCCCUCUCUCGAAAGGAUGCACAAGCUGUGGCCGGACUAAGUAAACUGGCAACGGUCGGCUGAUGCUGCGAGAGGUUGCGACGGUUGUGACAUUUGGGGGUGUGUUUUUCUGCUGUGCAUGUAAGGGGAUCUGUUGAUUGUGUGUAUGUGUGUGUGUGUGUCUGUGUGAGAGAGAAAGAGGUGAAGCAGGAGGUGGGCUGGUUUAACGACGGCGCAGUACAUGGGGUCCCAGUAGCAGCUCGAGGCUGUUGACAGGUGCAUUAAAUUGCGGGAUUCCUUCUUUAGGGUGACGUUCUCAAUGGUAGCGACGGCAGCGACGUCGGCCAGCUGAUGGUGCGUGUCUUCCGUGGUUGAUCCAUCAUUCUCUGUGCGUGAUUACUAUGCCUUCGCUGCGUACUAGUCCAGGUCCUGCAAUAGUACGUUUUUCGACCUGUUCGAUCCGGGAGUAUCACUGAAUUGGCUCUGAGACCUGAUACAUAGAAGUUUUAGAUUCAACCGACAGUCUGCAAAGGAUUCUUAUCGCUUAGUGGGCUUCUUCAUGCCCUCUUUCGGAUACAUGUUGUCUUCUUAGUUACUCAAGUGUCGCCCCGCGUGGAGAGGUUUAAUGCCUUUGCAUCGAACGGGUUGAUUAGCCAGUUGCACCUUUCUCCGAGAGAGUGAGUGUCAGAUUCUUGGUUAAUCUGCUUCAGAGUUUGUGCCUCACUGAUAUUUCAAGUAGGUGUCCCUUCUUCAGUGUAGUCUUUGAAUUCAUCAUAUCUUCAAGGGAAUGAGAAUCUAAUAGAAGAAGCUCAGUUCACUGCAAGCUAUUUAGGAGAAAUACUCUGGUACUACCCCGCGUUUAUAGAAAAUGAAUUGGCUUGUUACGUCAGAGAGCAAUCAGCUGCCGCUUAGAAUGGUUAGGCGACGUUGUAAUCGAGGAUUUUUCUUGUGGUAUUGACCAAGUGAUGGGCUUAUAAAACUGCUAUCGCAGACAAGAGGUCGUGAAAAGUUGAUCAAUUUACAGGUUGCGCAAGGGUUGCUAAAGUCUUGUCCUUGUUAAGGCGCUUAAAGUCGUAAAUAACUGGAGAGUUGGAAAUUAAACCCUUAGGUAUAUAGGGAAGACAUGUACAUAUCUGUUCUAGUACUGGAGGCAUUAAACUUGUUGACAGUGCAAACGUCCUCAUCGAUUCCCCCUUGUCAACCGACGUAUAUUCGUUACCUUCAUUGAAUGAAUGAAUAUAUAUAUAUAUAUAUAUAUAUAUAUGAGAACGAAUGAAUGAGGAAACAGCCAAAUUCCUUUCAAUACGGACACAACCCCUGCAUCAUUCCCAAUACUGAAGUAAGAUUUUGGUCCUGCCCAAAGCAAAGGAGUGAUUACCUUCUCAUGGGUGUUAUUGCUUCUUCAAAAGUUUUCGCGAUUGGUGAGAGCAAGAGAGGGAGCGGGACAGAGCGAGAGUGAACACUCUUAUGGCGAGUCAUGCACCUCCUUAGUCUUAGUGUUCAGGAGGAUGUCAAGCGUAACUAUUCUACACGUUAUUCUCAGUUUCCUGUUUUAAUUUUUCACGCAACGGGGUGAUUGGUACCUUCGAAGUUCAGGAACGCCCUCUUGAAUAAAAUUCUGAAACUCGCACAAGCUACUGUCUGUCUGCAAGUAUGGACAGCAACGAGGGGGGUGCACCGACUGGGUCGCAGGACGCAAUGCCUGUGUUAUCCUCCCCAAUUAUGCAGCGGUUUAGUUUUGAGAAUGGGCAUCACGCGCAAAGGAUGGCCGCUGUUUGUCCUUCUGUAUCGAGCAAGGGAUUCAUGACUAAUUUUGCAACGCCAGUCUACAUAGCACUCCUUGCAGUAAUGCUGGUGCUGCCAUCUCCAGCUGCGGAUUGGAUUAGCAAGGUCCAUGAAUUUCCUCUUAUAAAGCAGAUGAAUGGAUCAAGUAAUGACUAUUUCACUAACUCUAGGGAAUCAAUGAUGUGCUUUCCACAUCCCGAGAGCCCGCGUCUAUCUUCCUAUGCAAGUGACCAUUUACAGCUUUGUUCCGGGAAUGGCCAUUAUGAAAUAGCCAGCCACCAGGAGCGAACUACACCAGACGCUGGAGCUUGUCAUUGCUACGGAUGCUUCUCGGGAAAGCAUUGUGAACAUCUCAAUUCUGAUUGCGACCUCAACAUAUUCCAUGGCGACCCGACUCUGUUCGAGGAGUACUGGCUCACCCAACCUGACGCACCCACCAUCAUUCCAUCAUGGCAGGGCCUUAGCUACUUUGCCCACCGCCACAACUCCUACUUGUUCGUUGAUUCCUUCUUGGAACAAACAAUCCGACAGCUGCACGGCAUGAUUGGAAACGCAGUAACUGAAGGCCGCUUCCUCGUGCUCGGCGUUGGCUCCACGCAGCUCUACCAAGCAGCUCUGUACGCCUUAACAUCACCCGACUCCCCAACUCCCACCAGCGUCGUGUCUGCAAUCCCUCACUACUCGUCUUUUGAGGGAGUGACGAGGUUUCUAGACUCAAGAAGGUUCAAGUGGAUCGGAGACGCAGAGAAGUUCCGGGACAGUGGGACUUCAGAACCCUAUAUCGAGCUUGUAACGUCGCCCAACAAUCCUUGUGGAUCUAUGAACAAAGCAGUUGUAAAUGGCAAUGGAUCUGUGAUAAACGACCUUGCUUACUACUGGCCUCACUACACACCUAUCACGGCCCCAGCUGACUAUCCCAUCAUGCUUUGGACCUUGUCUAAAAUCACUGGCCACGCCGGCACUCGCCUUGGUUGGGCUAUUGUGGAGGAUGAGAAGAUAGCGACAAAGAUGGCUUUCUUCGUCCAGAUGAACACGCUGGGGGUGUCACAGGACGCACAGGCGCGAGGCGUCACUUUAUUAAGAUCAAUCACGUCUAGUUACAACACGCGGCCAGAGAGACAACCUUUCUUCCACCUUAGUCAGGCAGUACUGGAAGAUAGGUGGGCCAGGAUGAGCCAAGCGCUACAAAACAGUUCUCGUUUUGUUCUGCCAGAGUUCGAGCCUGCUUCCUGCUCAUUUUUCGGCCGAGCAUUCCAACCCAAUCCACCUUUCAUGUGGCUGAAGUGCAAAGUAGACGAGGACUGCGCCCAGCUGCUAAAGGACCACAAGAUCAUUUCACGCGGGGGCCGUGCCUUCGGCGUGUCCACGCAGUACGUGCGAGUAAGCAUGCUAGACAGGCGGCCCCUGUUCGAUCUGCUGCUCUCACGCCUCGCUGCCCUCCACUAGACUUGCAUCCAAUGUACACAGAUUUCAGUUCCCAUCUCAAGCUAGAGAUUAGGCCUUUCUGCACAGUUGUUGUUAUUAUAUUUUGUUUUAUUUUUGAUUUCCACCAUGCUUCCCCAGCAUGUAGCACUCCACCUCCCCCACCUGCUGUGUGUUUCUUCCUCCUCGGUGCCUGAAUCCACCAUUUGUGACACCAUAAACCGGAUCAAAUCCUCCAUAUUUCUAGCAUGUUCUUCCGUUUGUUGAAUCUCCAUCUCCACCCUCUCUCUCGUUCAUCUCCAUGAUCUGAUCAAAUUUGACUUUCUACACCAUUCCAUCAUUGAUUCGCUUAGCUACACCUGUAAACAGAAUAUAGUUGCCACGUCAGCAUCGAUGCAUACCAACACACUGUCCUCUAUUCUAAAUUUUACACGAUUCUCGCUC